CGCAACACGCGCUCCAGCAGCCUCCUGGAACUGUAUAAAAGCCUCAGUCACCGAUCAGGGAGCACUGAGGAAGCUCAACCUGCCAGUUCAUAGGUGUAUCUGUCUGUCUAACAAUCAUGAAGGCUGUAGCUCUGAUCCUUGCUGUGGCAGUCAUCACUGGCUGCAAUGCACGUGCUGUGCGCCAGGCUGAUGCUGCUUUAGUCCGCUGGGAGGACACCGUGGACCGCUUCUGGCAGUACAUCGCCGAUCUGGGCCAAAAAGCUGAUGGAAUUGUGGAGAACAUCAAGGCCUCUCAGCUCAGCAGGGAGCUAGACACUCUGAUCACUGACACCAUGGCAGAGCUGGACACAUACAAGGAAGGCAUCCAGACCAAGCUGAGACCCUACACCGAAACCACAACUGACCAGCUCUCUCAGGACCUGCAGCUUAUGGUCAACAAGCUCCAGAAGGACAUGCUGGAUGCCAAGGAGCGCAGCACUGAGUAUCUGGGUGAGCUCAAGACCAUGGCGGAGCAGAACAGUGGUGACGUACGCAGCCGAAUCAACACCUACACCCACAAGCUGAAGAAACGCCUGAACAAGGACUCCCAGGAGAUUCGCAACACUGUGGCCACCUACGUGGGUGAGAUCCAGUCCCGUGUCACCCAGAACCUGGAUGCUGCAAGGGAGCAGGUUGAGCCCUACGUCCAGCAGGCUGGUGACACUGCCAACAAGAAGCUGACUGACAUCUCCUCCAUGCUGAAGACUCAGGCUGAGGACUUGGGCCAGCAGCUGGGGACCCAGGCUGAGGGCAUCAAGACUCAACUGGAGGCCACCGCCCAGGAGCUGCGCACCUCUCUGGAAGGCAAGAUCGAUGAGCUGACCGAACUGUUCUCCCCGUUAGCCACCCAGAUCCGUGAGCAGUUAGAGACCAUCGUGGACAAGGUCAAGGAGACUGCUGCCUCUGCUGCCUAAAGAAAGACUCUGAGGGUCUUUUUAAGGGUUAUAGAUGGUUGGGGGUUCACUGUUUGUCACAUGACUGAUGUGUAAACCACUGACUUCUUAAUACCCUGACAGAGAGGGGAAAGGGGGGAGUUGAGAGUUACAGAUGAUAUCUUCAUUUGGGUGCUCCAUUGUUCAGGGUAAGGGGGUUGAUGAGAUGAAGGAGGGAGGAUGAGAUGCAUCUUUGAGAAAACAGUCAGCAGAUGAAUGUCUGUUUCAGAUCUUUCCUCUGUGUAGUCACUCUUUUCUUCUUUCAUCAACUCCCUUGAUCAGUGAACACAAGCACCCUGGCUGAUUACAAAGAGACAGUUAUUUGUAAUAUGCUUUGCUUUUAUACUUCGAAUUAACUGUUCUAGCUGGCUUCCCCUCCCCAAAGUGUUCGUCUUGAGUUUUCCUACAUUUUGUUUGGUUGUAAAUAUAACUGCAGAGUUUGAGCCUCAUAGGCAACGAUUCCAGACCGUAUCAUCUCUAAAUGCACCAAACACUUGCAAUGUCUUUCAUUUCAAUAGAUGCACUGAAUUCUUCUAGAGUUGAUACUGAACCACUAAAGUGUCCUUCUGUAUUGUCUGCAUUACUUGUUGUUCAGAGAGAAGUGGAAUUUAAAAUGACAUGAUGCAAUUAUGACAAUCAGUGAGUAAAGUGUAUUGCUUGACCAUUCUUCAGUCUGACUAUAGAGUGUCCCUUGUGUUUCACAUGUUGUGUGCCCACCAUGCUGCUCACUGUGAGUGCACUGCCUGUGGCUGCAGUUUGCUCAACAGUGCUAAGUGAAUAAAGAACCUAGAAAGGAU